UCGUCGCGCGCUGUCGCUCUGUGGGAUAAGAAGCAGAAGAAGAGGAAGAAGAAAAGAGGGGCGUGUUCGGGGUUUGGCGGUAGUGACAAUGCCAGUAUCUCGCGGGCUAGUUGGAGUCGAGGGCGACGACUGGAUCGAGAAGUGAGAGAGGCACACAAGCUGUGUGCCAACCCUGGCCCAGGCCGAUCGCGUAGUGUCUAGUGUGUCGAGAUGACGGGCGCGCGGAUGAGACCCGCGCUCGUUGUGGGCCUCCUCCUCAGCAUUCUAGCUGUCACCUUACAAGGAGUGCAAAGCGAAGACGAGCCAGAACGAGUGCCAUCCGAGGAUUUAUGUCGGCCAUACAUCGAGAAAGCGCUCAAAGACAUCGGCACAGGAUCUUUGGACCAGAGCAGUGCAGAGAUCGGAAUCGAGAUUGAUCAAGAGAGCCAUGAAGCAACACCUGCGAGCGAGGAAGCUGGCGAGGCAACAGACGAUGUUUCGAAAGAAGAGAGUGAAGCCAAGGAUGAGGAAGGAUCGGUAGAGGAAGAUGCUGAUGGGAGCAAGGAAGCAACCGAAGAACAAAUCGACGCUAGUGAAGAAAAAACAGAAGGAGAAUCUGAAAAAGAUGAACAUAGCAAAGAAGCUGCUGAGAAUGUCGAAGUUGGCACUGCUCAAGAAGCGACGUCCGCCGAGAUAACCGAAGGCGAUGGAGAACAGGUCGAUUCUUCCGAAAAGGUGAUUGAAAACGAAGCAGCUCAAAGAUCGAAGACAGAUCGACAAUCGACAAAUCAAGAAUCAACAUCAGAAAUCGAGUCAAAUCAAAAUCAAAGCGCGUCAAAAUCAAAGCGAUCAAGUCAUAGAAAUCAAAUCGAUCAGAAGUCAAAGUCAAGAUCAAAGCAUCAGAUCAAUCGUCAACAAAUCAAUCAGUCGAUCAGACAAUCAAACAAUCAGUCGAAUCAAAUCGAAGAAGAAGGAGAAAAAACUGAAGAAACAGAAGCAAAAGAAGGAAAAUCGGAAGAGGAGGAUACAAAAUCUGAGGGAGAAGGGGAUGAAGAUGUGAAAUUGCGUAGCAGGCGAGAAGUCGGCGAGGAAGGAGCAGACGAAUCUACAGAAGAAGCCGCUAGCGAGGAAGAGCAAGAACCCACCCCAGAGGAAGAGUUAAUUCAAGAAAUCGAAAUCGAAAUUCCGGAGAAUCUUCGACCGAGAGAUCACAUCAAUCAGUUGCUAAAACUAGACGAAGAGAAUGCGGAAAAGGAGAGAGCUAUACAAAGAGAAGCUGAUAUCAUCCUCAGGGAUCUGAAAAGACUCUAUGAUAACGCUAUAAAGCCGUUAGAAACCAUGUACAAAUACAGAGAUUUGAGUAACAGGCAUUUCGGAGAUCCCGAAAUAUUUUCCAAGCCACUAGUGCUCUUUAUGGGUCCGUGGAGCGGCGGAAAAUCGUCCAUCAUCAAUUAUUUGCUCGACAUUGAGUACAAACCGAUAUCUCUAAGAACAGGUGGUUUGAGAGAGUGCUUAGAAGAGCAUUGCAAAUCGCCAAAUGGAAAAAAUGACACAGGAGCCGAGCCAUCACCGGCGUACUUCAACAUAAUAAUGCACGGCGAGGAGGAAGAGAUCCUCGACGGCACUCAACUGGCUGCCGAUUGGACUUUCUCGGGAUUGCAGAAAUUCGGCCAGGGUCUGUUGGAUCGUCUCAGGGGAUUGCGACUUAACAACAAAUUGCUAGAAAGGGUGAAUAUCGUCGAGAUACCGGGUAUCUUGGAAAUUCGCAAACAAGUUCAACGUUUAUUCCCUUUCAACGACGCUUGCCAGUGGUUCAUCGAUCGAGCGGACAUAAUAUUUUUGGUUUAUGAUCCCGCAAAAUUGGACGUCGGACCCGAAACCGAGGCGAUCCUUGAUCAGUUAAAGGGAAGAGAAUAUCAGACCCGCAUUAUUCUCAAUAAAGCCGAUCAGGUGAAACCCGAGGAACUGAUGAGGGUGCAAGGCGCCCUAAUCUGGAAUAUAUCGCCGCUAAUGUCGAGUGCCGAACCACCAAUAAUGUACUCUACAUCGUUAUGGUCCAUACCUUACGAAGCUGGUGCGCCCAUCAGAUUGCUGUACGCUCAAGAACGCGCAUUCCUUCGCGAUCUACGAUCCGCGAUAAACAAGAGAGUCGAGCACAAAAUAGCGAGCGCCAGAAGAUUCGCCGUACGAGUGCGCAACCACGCAAAGAUGGUAGAUUGCUACCUGACGACGUACUACAACCACAAGACGUUCUUCGGCAACAAGCGGGAGAUCAGCGACAAGAUCAUCGAGAAUCCACAAGAUUAUCAUAUUUACGAAGGCCUCAGCACCCUGACCAACAUAUCGCGCUAUGACCUGCCCGAUCCGGACGUCUAUCGCGACUUCUUCCGGUUGAAUCCGCUCUACGACUUUCCGCUGUUGAGCUCGACCUGCACGUACUUCCGCGGCUGCCCGAUCAAUAGGCUCGACGUGGCAAUCGCCUACGAUCUACCCGAGCUGGUGGGCAAGUACAAAAAGUCGGUAGAAUCAGUGCUGCACGGGAGCGAGGGUAACAGCCCGCCAAGUUGAGUGCGAAUCCGCGUUCUGGAAAAUAGUUCUUGCUACCAUGUAAAGUAUGGGUCCAGCGCCAUAGCGACCUUCGCUACACCAAGGAGAAAUAAUAACAGCCUCGGUGACGCGAAAGUCAAGGACGCUCGAUGACGCAGUCCGAUAUUUGAGAUGGUACCGAGGACUCUCUUCCUGAAAUUCAAGCAGGCGAUCGCACUACCCAACUCGUAUUCGAAGUGCCCCGAUGACAAGAGGUCGGUUCGCGAGAAAAGCCGACGGUCACGAGAUAAAGAGAGAGAACGGGAGCGAAAGGACAGGGAAAGCGUGAAAAAGCAACAUCACGUAUCUCUAGGUCCGAAUAAUUUAGUCUCGUGCCUCUCAACAGGGCAAAAUAUGAAGUGUGAUAUCACGGAUUCGAUGAUCGGUACACCACCUCGUUUGCAGAAAAAGAGCAAGUGCGUGGUUGCUUGUGUCUGGUAAAACAAUGCGUACGAGUGUUACCAUUCCGAUCCAAAAGCGGACAACAGUGACAGUUCCCUACGAAUAUACAUAUGUGUUCAGAUAUCGGUUCCUCUCGGCGAAAAUUCGGUACAACAGUGAUUUGUCUCGCUUUUUUAAGUACUCGAUAAAAUUCGUCUAAAUUUAAUUAAAAAAAAAAAAAAAUCUGAUUUCAGUAUUUUUGUAAUCUCUCAAUUUAUCCAUUUUUAAUUUCGGUAUCUCUAAUUUUGAAAUAUAGGAGAUUAACCCUCGUUUAAUUCUUUUUUCUUCUUUAAAAAAUUUUAGAAUUUAAUAUUUAUUCACCUAAUUUUAAUUUGAAGAAAUUUUAUUUUAAAAGAUUCGCAUAUCUAAAAUUAACUUUAUAUAGAGAAAAAAAAAUAAAGUUUAAAAUUUUAAUUUUUUCGAAAAAAGAUUCAAUCACUAUUGCACCUAGUCUUUAAAUACGUUUGUCUCGCGAUGAAUCGAUGCCUGCUGAUAACUUUCAUCUCGAAAUAAGACAGACUCUUCAAAAUAGACAUAAUGUUAAAUAAUUGCAACGAUUUCGUCCGCCAUCAAGGAUAUAUUAAAUUAAUCGUAUCGAAAUAUUUCCAUUGCGAAAGAGAUAAAAUGAUCUCUUCUUGAGGCUUUUGUGGAAUACCUUGUAUAAGCUGAUUUGUGUUCUUAUUAAAAAAAUGUGUAAUUAAAUAAUUUAAGGUAAUUGAUCUCUCACGCGUUACUCAGUUAACGUGUGAGACGGAUCGUGUGUGAGAGGGAAGAUGCUUUCCUGAUUAAAAACUUCAACUUUCUUCUCGAGUUCGCGUUAAAAAUUAUAUGUUUCCUAUACUUUAAAUAUACACGCUGUGUCCUUUUAAAUAAUUAUAUUGUAAAUAUUUAAAAUAACCUUCCUUUCCAAAUUCUUUUAUUUUUAUUUAUUUAGUUUUAGACUAUCAGUUCUUCAAGUGUUUAAAUUUUUUAAUUCCUAUAAAUUUCCACAAAUUCUGUUUAAAUCGUUGAAUUUUAAUAGCUUUUAAAUCGCUAUUUUAUUCUUGGAUUUUCAUAUCGUCGGAUACAAAUCCUUUUAUUCCGUCUUUAGAAUGUUUUUGGAUGUUCUUAUCUAUUUCAAUUGUAUUUCAUUAAUUUCAGAACAAAUUGUUCAAUGUAUUGGAUCACCUUAAUAUUCACGAAUUUAAUUGAAGAUUAAGACUAAACAAAGACAAAUAUAUUGUAAUGUGUUUUCAAUCUAUUAUAUGCGCAUUAUAUUUUUCAGAGAAAGCGCGAACGCGUUAGGAGUGGUGCAAGUGAAUCCUAAUCGCGAAUAAUACAGAGCAAGCUUUAUCAUUCACAUCAUUUAAAAUAAUUAUAUAAAUGCGCAAUUCAUGCAGCAUCUGUAUGUGACAUCGUUGUUAUUACCAUUGUUGUUGCUGUCAUCAUUGUUAUCUUACAUUAUACGAGACAAUUACGUCGAGUAAAUUUAAUAUUGUUACAAAGAUGUGUUAUAUCAAGGCAUCUAUUUCUUUAGUUAGAGUAAGGUUUAAUAUAUCAAUGCACAUAAUGUAUCUAGGCUAAGUAGAUAUAAUUAUAUGAAAUUUAUUAUAAUUAUUAUAUAUCUCUAGGCAAAUGUGUACGUUUCAAAUAAGAAUGUGUGUUACAGUCGC